AUGAAGAUCCUCCUGAUCGGAAAGGGCGGCCGUGAACAUGCCCUUGCAUGGAAACUCACUCGGUCGCAAUCAGUUGAGCAUGUGUACGUUCUGCCAGGCAACGCAGGCACAGAAGCCCUGGCGAAAGCCUCAAAUUGCCGUGAGGUAGCGGUUGACGACUACAAUGGCCUCGUAGAGCUGUCAAAGAGUCUUGGGAUCGACCUCGUUAUCAUCGGCCCAGAUGACGCUAUUGUUGGAGGCAUGGGAGAUCACUUUCGGAGCAAUGGAAUUCGCUGCUUUGCCCCAAGUAAGAGAGCGGCCAUCAUCGAAGGCUCCAAGGACUUCGCCAAAGAUUUUAUGUGCAGACGCAAGAUUCCAACCGCGACCUACGAAACCUUCGACAAGGUUGAUUGCGACAAGGCUAAGGCGUAUGUACGAAGGUUGGGCCGCAGAGUGGUCAUCAAGGUGGACGGCCUUGCGGCUGGCAAGGGUGUCAUCCUGCCCGAGACCACCGAAGAGGCGGAGCAAGCCCUCGAAGACAUAAUGCUCAAGGACAAGUUUGGUGACGCGGGCGAGAUGGUGAUUAUUGAGGAAUACCUCGAGGGUUACGAGAUCAGCGUUCUUACCUUCACUGAUGGAACAUCGGUUCUGUCUCUGCCGCCUGGUCAAGACCACAAGCGGGCUCACGAUGGCGAUAAGGGGUUGAAUACUGGCGGCAUGGGGGUGUAUGCACCUGUUCCUUCGGUGACCGAGGAGCAGAUGGCAGAAAUCGAAGAGAAAAUCAUCCUGCCGACUAUUGUUGGCCUUGAGCUAGAAAGGAGACCAUUCAACGGUAUGCUCUUCACGGGAAUCAUGAUGACGCCCUCAGGUCCCAAAGUGCUUGAGUAUAACGCGCGCUUCGGAGACCCAGAGACGCAGAGCAUGGUGCUUCUGCUUCCAGACGAGACCUUGCCUGAGAUUAUCCUCGCCUGUGUGGAGGAUAGACUCGGUGACAUCAAGCUGGACACUCUUGCAGGAUUUGCCUGCAAUAUUACCGUUGCGGCAGAGGGCUACCCGGAAUCAUACAGGAAGGGCGAUCUAAUCCGAUUGAAGUCUACCUCUGAAGGUGUACAUAUUUUCCACGCCGGAACCGAACAGGUCAACGAUAAACUAGUCACAGCAGGCGGCCGCGUCCUGUCCGUUGCCGCGACGGGUGAAACCCUUGAGGAAGCAGUAUCAGCUGCUUACAAGGGUGUUGAGAGUGUUCAUUUCGAGGGCAUGUUCUACCGCAAGAAUAUUGCAAUGCGGUAA